CCUUGUGAAGUCUAAGCUAUCCUUGAAUCAACAUGACAACCUCUACAAGAGAAUGCCAUGUGAUGGACAUAAGGUCUGAACAAUAUUCAUGGGAGGACAUCAUUGGAGAAGAAAUGAAGAGAUUUGACCCUAAGAAUGAGGAAGAGCGAAGGAAGAAAAAGUCAAUAUAUCGCAUACCCGCAUUCCUCAAGUUGAUGAAAAGCUCGACCGUGUUAACACCUCUAGUUGUUUCUUUUGGUCCCUAUCACCACGAUGAAGAAAACUUGAAGUUGCUAGAAGGCUAUAAACAAAUGGCACUCCUACAUUUUCUCCAUAGGAAUAAAAAGCCCCUCGGACAUUUUAUGAAUGCUAUCAAAGAAGUCGUGGAAGAUCUGAAAGCACAUUAUGAAUUUUUAGAAGAGAAGUGGAAUGAUGAAGCCGAAUUCAUAAAACUUAUGAUGAUUGAUGGCUGCUUCAUGUUAGAGGUUCUACGUUUCGAUAGUGAGUCCCCAGAGACUCAUCAUACCGCUAAUGAUCCCAUAUUUAGUGAUCAUGCAUCUCAACACAAAUUGCCUUAUAUAAAGAGGGACAUGCUCAUGCUUGAAAACCAACUGCCUCUUUUAGCUAUCAAGGUGUUAAUCCAUGCAGAGAAGGCUGACCAGCGCAACUCACCAAUGACAGACAGGGAGAUAAACAACAAGGUGUUCAAGUUUUUGAAAAUGGAAGACAUGAUUGACAAGACCUCAACCCUAGGACUCCACAUUCUUGACUUAUACAGAAAAGGCAUGAUCAAAACCUCUAUAGAUGAUAGUACUAAAUCACCUCAAAAUAAAAAAGAAGAACUACUCAUUUCUAACUCACAAGGCAAAGGCACAGAUCUAGAUGAUCAUAUCCAUAAAACAGCUACAAUAAAAGGCGAUGCAUCAAUGCCGACAGCAAUGAAGCUCCAUGAGUCCGGAGUAAGAUUCAAGAAAUCCUCAACCGACAAGAUCAACGACAUAUGCUUUGAUAAAGGCAUUUUCAAGCUCCCACACCUCAUCAUCGAUGACUCCACGGAGUCCAUCUUCCUCAAUCUCAUGGCCUUCGAGCACCUCCAUGUUGGCCUCGAUGAUGAGGUUACGUCCUAUGUUUGCUUCAUGGAUGAGUUAAGUGACUCGGCUAUUGAUGUGCAUCGGCUAUGCUCCGACAAAAUCAUUCAUAAUGCUGUUGGAAGUGACCAGGUUGCUGCAGAAAUUCUCAACAGUCUCACUAAAGAGGUCAUUCAUGAUCCCACCCGCAAAUUUGGAGAGAUUCGGACCAAGGUGAAGGAGUACAGUGAAAGGAGAUUUAACAAAUGGUUGGCUAGCCUCCUGCAUAUAUAUUUUCAGACACCUUGGACUACCAUUGGUCUUAUUGCUGCUGUGGUUCUUUUGAUACUCACCUUCGUUCAGACAUUUUAUGCAGUUGCUGCUUACCACUUUCCAGAAAAACCAACUUGAGUUAUUCAUGUCUGUCUUCUGUUAUGCAUUCUGUUGAUCAUUUUUUUAUUAGAUGGACUAACCAGAUGGAUUUGGGGAGACAAGUUGAUGAGUGUCUGGUGUAUAUAUAAACUUUUUUUUUUCUUUUUGAGUUUUGUGUGUGAUUACUUUGUCACGAUUGGAUUUCGGCCCAUUUUAAUGUGUGAAAUUUAAGGGUGCUUAUUUAUUUGUUUGUUUGUUUAUUGAAAUAUAAUUAUAGAUUGUUUAUUUA